GAACCAGCCAUCGCUGCUAUUUUCUCGCCAGAUGGCUCCCAAACGAAAGACACCCCCCGAUCCCGACCCGGGAUCACCCAAUGACUCUCCUGUGGCCAAGAAGUUCACCAUCAAAUCGUGUCGUGCCUGUGGCCUGACCAACCAUGUCAAACCCUUCACCAAGAAGUGUACAGCCAGAGUCGACAGCAGCCCUGCCUCGGUCGCUGAAAUGGUCAGCCAAGCACCCAAGGUCCCUGUAUGUGCCACGUGCAAGCAAGUGGGUCAUGCCAGAAGCAACAGUUCAUUGUGUACCAAGAAGAACCCACUCUGGAGCUCUACCUUGCCUGACUGUGGCCCCAACGAGUAUGCCAAGGCCGAGUACUCGAUCGUCAAGUGCACCCUCGAUGCCAUCAUCAAGAACGAUGCCUUGCACGACAAGAUCGAGGAGACUGUCCGAGCCAUGACUCAAGUGCAGUACGAAGCAUCUCGUCUCCUGGAGCUGCAUCUCAGGCGGUGCUUGGACGAGGGCAUCACCCUCCCCACUGUGUCGUCGAGUGAACCCGCGUUUGUUCGAAAGUGCUUCAAUAUGGUACAGACAGGAACAGUGGGUGCCAGGACGAACACCCCAGAAGAUGACAGGCACAUCAUCAAGACCUAUGACAUGUAUCGAAGUACAUGGAGUGAGACGUGUAUCCUGCCUCCAGUGUCCCUCCCAAAGGGCACUGGCUCACAGGUCCUUGGUUUGGCUGUCAAGACCUAUGCAGUCAACUGCGAGACACACGUUCUCGAUCGGUAUUGGUCUCUCCUCCGUCGAUACUGCAAUCUGGUCCUGAUUGCUCCGAAGGAUGUCAAACGGCAUACACACAUCGACGAUUGCAUGAAGCUGAUGGAGAAUCCCCUCUCCAAGACACUCCUCGGUGAUCUGAAGAAAUCCUUCGCCCACCAUGCCGACCAGUUGUAUGAGCUUCGGUACGAAAGCCACCAGGACCUGUACAAAGUCGUACCAAUUCUGGCCAGUGAAGUCUCUCGCCUGACCCACCUGAAGGAGGCCCUCUUCAUGGUGGUCUUUCAGAAGAUGAUCAUUCCCAGGCUCGCGAGGGUGACCGAUGAUCUGAAAGGAGAGCGUGGGCGACUGAACGAGGAGAUGUGUCGCGCUAUCGAACGAAGGCAGUCGGAUAAAUACAACACACUCCAUACCCAACACGAGGAGGUGGAGAAGCAGAUCACCAUCAACAGGAAACGGAUCAAGCGAUUGACCGACCGGCUUGCCCAGACCAAGAAGCGACACAAGGCCCCUCGAGCACAGUGCACCUUGCAGACUGGCACUGGGCUCAAGUGGGACGACCUGAAGACCAAGGUCAAUGACACCACAAAGCAAGAGACCUUCUGGCAGACCAACUUCAAGCUGGAUCCGAGACUCUUUGGUGCCAGGGAGAAGGGGAAGCAGCUCUUUGGUUGCGAGAUCACCACCGAUGGGGUCGGGUGCUCGAUCACCACGCUCAGAUACAAGAUCCUGGAGAAGAAGGACCCUGAUGCCAAGCCAGAAACCACAGACAAGGACGACAUGACACUCAAGCUCACUCCCGAGAAGAAGAUCCAGACCAGGGUCGGUCCCAUUGACGACUCUCGGACCACAUGGAUUGGGAUCGACCCUGGAGUGGGAUCGAUCUUCACCGCUGUCAAUCGAGCACCCGGUCAACCAUCCAUCCAGGAGCAAGACGGUGUCAAGGUGACCAAGGCACAGCGCGCCAACGAGAAGAUCGUGUCGUUCUCCAACAAGGAGUACCAGCAUCGAUGUGGCACCAGCCAGGCGACCAAGUGGAUACAGAGCACCCACAAGAUCCUUGAUCUGCAGAAAUGGAUGAGCACCACACCGAGUCCCAAGAACCCUGGGGUGGUUUCCUUCCUGCAAUACAUUCGCCAUGUGUUCGAUGGAGACAUGCUGGAGAAACAUCUGUACUUCAGCCUGACUCGGCGACGGCGAUUCAAGCGACUCGAUCUCCACAGCAAGAGACAGCGCACCGUCCACGAGAUGUGCAAGCAAGUCAUCGACCAGGCACCAAGGGAGACCGAUAUUGUGAUUGCCUUUGGGAAUGCCUCCUGGAAGCAAGGGAAGGGAUAUGCAUCCAGUCCCAGGAGACUCAGGUUUGCCAAGUAUUUCGAGCAGUUCCACCACCACCAGAGACGACCACCAGACCGAUCCGUCUCCAAGAUCCAUGUGUGCUCGGUGAACGAGUUCAACACAUCCCAGGUGUUCUCACACUGUCGGGAAGCCAAGCGACUCGAGAAGGUCGAGCAUCUUGAUAUCGAGAAGCCACAUUAUGUACGGAGCUGUGCAAGCUGUCAUACGCUGUGGGAUCGAGACAUCAAUGCCUCACGGAACAUGAUCUCGCGGGUUUCAGAUAUCUGA